CGCGCAACCCCGAGUGGAGUUGUCCGGCUGCCACCCCAGAAUGGAACGAAAGUGAAUUUUGUAGUAUAAAAGCGCCAAGUUACUACCAAUCAGCAUCCAGUUCAUUGUCUGGGAUCGAUGCGAACAAUCUUAAGUGGAAUCGCAAUGAAGUUCUUUAUCUGCCUGUCAGCGCUUUUGUUGGUUUCAGCCUACGCAGCUGAAACGAAGCAAAAGAAAACCGAUGCCAAAGUACCGUUGGCCAAGAAGUUGGACAAACGUGCCCUUCUUGACCUCGGAGCCGGCUAUGGAGACAUUGGAUACCUCGGUGGAUCCAGCAGCCUGGGAGGAGUAUACAGCUCUGCCCUUGGUGGUUCCAGCCUUGGUGGAAUCAGUAGCUUAGGCAAUGAUUUGGGAGUUGGUAUUGGAUCCGGAAUUGGUUCCGGAAUCGGUAUUGGAUCCGGAAUUGGUUCCGGAAUCGGUAUUGGAUCCGGAAUCGGUAUUGGAUCCGGAAUCGGCAUUGGAUCCGGAAUUGGAUCCGGAAUCGCAUACGGAGCUGGCGCUGGCAUUGGAUCCGGAAUUGGUCUGGGAUCCGGAAUCGGUAUUGGAUCUGGAGCUGGUUAUGCUAGCGGUGCCGGUUAUCUGCUCGGAGGAGCUACUCAAGUUACCAAGCAUGUUACCUUAGUCAAGGGUGUCCCAGUGCCAGUCACCGUCAACCGACAGGUCCCAGUUACCGUUGAGAAGCGCGUCCCAUACCCAGUCCAUGUUCAAGUUCCACAGCCCUACGAAGUUGUGAAGCAUGUACCAGUCAAGGUCCAGGAAUACGUCAAGGUCCCAGUGUCCGUGCCACAGCCCUACACCGUUGAGAAGAGAGUGCCAUACCCAGUGCAUGUUCCAGUCGACCGCCCAUAUGCCGUUCACGUGAAUGUUCCACAGCCCUAUACCGUUGAGAAGAGAGUUCCAUACCCAGUGCAUGUUCCAGUUCCACAACCCUACGAGGUCACCAAGCAGGUUCCAGUCCCAGUUCGCGUUCCAGUCUCUGUCCCAGUGCCAUACACCGUUGAGAAGCGAGUUCCAGUCCAGGUUAAGGUACCAGUCGACCGCCCAUACCCAGUCCAUGUCCCAGCUCCUUACCCAGUUGAAGUUCCCCGCCCAUACCCAGUCACUGUAACCAAGCAGGUCCCAUACCAGGUCCGCGUUCCAGUUGAUCGUCCAGUUCCAGUCCAUGUGGACCGACCAGUUCCAUACCAGGUUCAGGUUCCAGUCCCACAGCCCUACGUUGUCGAGAAGCGAGUCCCAUACACCGUCACCAAGCAAGUCCCAAUUCCACAGCCCGUCCACAUUGACCGUCCAUACCCAGUGCACGUUGACCGACCAGUCCCAGUUGAGCGUCACAUCCCAGUCCCAGUCAGCACUGGUGUUACUGUCACCGGACAUGGGCUAGGAUCCUCCAUCGGUCUUGGGGGCUCUUCGAUCGGACUUGGAGGUUCUUCCUUCGGACUCGGAGGCUCGUCCCUUGGUCUCGGAGGUGCUUCCCUGGACAGUGGAUCCAUCGGUCUCGGAGGUGCCUCUCUGGGCUCGUCUCUCGGAGGUGUCUCUCUGGGUUCGUCUUUCGGAGGUGCCUCGCUGGGUAGCUCCAGCCUCGGCGGCUUCGGUGGUAGCCUCGGCCUCCGCCACUAAAGAACAUCCGGUGUACCCGAAAUCUGCCAGUAAAUUGCCACCACUCUAUCGAACAUAGCGAAAAGAUAUGAAACCAAGACCAUGUUUGCACCACAAUCGCAAAGCAACAAAGCAAUUAUAUCUAAUUUGUAUUUCUAAGUAAAAGACCUCUUUUGUUCUUUAUCUUCUCCAUUGUGAAGAUUUGAAUAGUUACCGUGCAGUUUUCGAGUAUGUUCAAUGGAACUUCAACUGACUGUGAAACCAAUAGUUACACUUUUUUCUCAAUAUCAGACAUACGCGGAUUGCGAGUAACUUACAAGAACAAAGCGUAUCCGUUCCGUAGAAGUGUCUCGAGAAGAUAUGACGCCAUUCAAUAUCUGACUUCUUGUAACUUAUUCCUAAUAUGUACAACCAAAAUGUGAUCAUUAAUAUAUCCAUAACAAAAAAUCCGAAGUAAAAUGACGAAGAGAAAAAAGCUUUGACUAAGUGAGCGAGAAAAAGGACGAAACCAAGCAACAAGGCGCUGCAAGGAUUCAUUAUUGUAUGUUUUAUGUAAAUAAGAGGAACGAAUAAACAA